AUGACUCCAGAUAUUGAAGAAUGGAUGACUCCAGAAAUUGAAGAAUGGAUGACUCCAGAAAUUAAAGAAUGGAUGACUACAGAAAUUAAAGAAUGGAUGACUCCAGAUAUUGAAGAAUGGAUGACUCCAGAAAUUGAAGAAUGGAUGACUCCAGAAAUUGAAGAAUGGAUGACUCCAGAAAUUGAAGAAUGGAUGACUCCAGAAAUUAAAGAAUGGAUGACUCCAGAAAUUGAAGAAUGGAUGACUCCAGAAAUUGAAGAAUGGAUGACUCCAGAUAUUGAAGAAUGGAUGACUCCAGAUAUUGAAGAAUGGAUGACUCCAGAAAUUAAAGAAUGGAUGACUCCAGAUAUUGAAGAAUGGAUGACUCCAGAAAUUGAAGAAUGGAUGACUCCAGAAAUUGAAGAAUGGAUAACUCCAGAAAUUAAAGAAUGGAUGACUCCAGAAAUUGAAGAAUGGAUGACUCCAGAAAUUAAAGAAUGGAUGACUCCAGAUAUUGAAGAAUGGAUGACUCCAGAAAUUGAAGAAUGGAUGACUCCAGAAAUUAAAGAAUGGAUGACUCCAGAAAUUGAAGAAUGGAUAACUCCAGAAACCUGGACAAAAGUCAAGAAGUAA